AUGGCAGUGUCCCGGGCCCAGGGCAAGCGUUCGAGCGGCCUCAGCGUGAGAUUGAGAGAGGGGUCCCCACCCGGAUCCGACGAGCCCGUGGAAGGAUCCUUCGAGACUCACCACGUCGCGCUCUUCGUCCCAGGAAGCCCCGAGCCCUCCGUGGCCCUCUGCUGGGGAACGGCGCUGACCCGAUCGCCGCUGGAGGUGGACGAGAUGCCAAGCCCGGCAGUGGCUGGCUCUCCGGGACCCCCAAUUCCCGUCUUUCCCCCCAGCCACGCAGCAGGCGGUCGCCGCGACUCCAAGGGCGGCCUGGUGGCCAAUGCCGCUAUCGUCCGGGCCGCCACGUGGAUCGAGGUGGGCCGGCGGCUCCUUGUCGCGAGUGCUGAGUUCCCAGCGGCAGCAAGUGACUCCAUGGGAAUCACAGGUGUGGUUGAUAACCUGAGCACGUCGCAGAAGGACAGCAGCCUGCCAGACCCUACAGCAGAGGCAGAAUUGGCAUCGAAUGCCGCGGCUGUCCGGAUCGGCUUCCUCUCGCUCCCUUCGGAGGUGCUCUCCGGGAAAGCUGAGGAGGCGCUCGCAUCGAAAGUGGAAGACCUGGAGGAGGUCAGUAGCGGUGCCAGCCUGCUGCGGAUCUCGGCCCAGAUUGCUGAGCCUAUCUUGCAGCUCACGCUGCCCUGGUUGAUCUCAGCGAAGGAGACGCUGCAGCCCCUCCUCGCCCCCUCGCCGGCCGCGGCGCCCGCGGCACCUGCCUCGGCGCCGGCCAGUUCGGAGCCAUCCAGCACCAUGCAGGCUGUUGUUUGCUUCAGCGGCCUGCGCGCGAGCUUGGACCAGCUUGGCCUGCGACUGGGUUCUGCCCGCUGCGAGUGGCGCGAGGCGCGGAGCGAUUUGGAUGAGGCACACUUGGCUACGCAACUCCGGGAAACGACCGUGUUUAUCUCCUCGGCACUGCCGCAUCUCCCCCAUGCUUAUCACGUCGAUGGGGCCUUCACGUUGGAUGUUUCGAGCGCGGCGCUGCUCCACUGCCCGAGCAAAGGCCUACUACGCGCUGACUCCCAAGCGCAGGCUUCAGACCGUGUCAUCGCUGAGGUAAACGUCCUCAGCCUACUUGCUUCCAGCCCCCUGGUCGACAGCCCGGCGUCCCCAAAAAUCUCCGACCUGGAGGUGACGCUGCAUCGUCUCGCGCUGUCCGGCUUCUCAGCCGCUGCCGCCGCUGUUGGAGGCAUCAUGGCAGCCGGCUCCCCGGAGAACGAAGGCGCAGCUUGCGCGGGGCGGCAGAUGAAUCUCAGAGGCGAAGACGAGGAGGCCUCGCUGAACUUCGAGGCCCUGGACCUCAAGCUCACGAUGCGCAAAGUCGAGCAUGUUCUGGGAGACCGGCAAGACCGUGGCGACCAAGCGCUGUCCUCGUCGCAGUCGAGUGCUCGGCGCGCCUCUUUCUGUGACAGCGACUCGGAGGCAGAGGAGGCUGCAGCGGCGGGCGCGGCGAGCACCCGCCAGUUGCAGCUGCUUAUGUCGCUGCACCACCUGAGGCUCGUCUAUGAGGGCCAUGACGGGCGACCCCCCCUUGCCGUCCUGGCGAGAUACGACCUGGACCCCUGUGCAAGCGAGGUCGAGCAGGCGCUAGGCAAAGUGGCAGCGAAGGCUGGAGGGCUUUCGCCUUUGUCCACUUGGAGCAGGGGUUUGCCUGACACUGCCCUGACGCUUGCGUGUCAGCUCGCCCCUGCGGCUCCCUCUCCCUCGGCACGCCGGGCGGCAGCGCAGUUGCCCGGCGCGGGCGCCAUGGCGCAGGCCCUGCGAACCAACGAUCCAUUCGCCAACGUGUGCGUGGCGUUCGUGGGCUCGCCCGGGCCUCGGCUCCAACUUGCGUUUUUGUCAGGUGGUGGCGCUGCCCUCGUCGGUUUGGCUCACGGCCUCCAGCGGGGAGCCGGUGGCUACCUGGACGUGAACAGUGCGGACGGCCUGCGACUUGCAGUUUUUUCUGGCCGCGGCGCUGCGGCCGCUCCCGCCUCCCAGGGUCGGCACGUGCAGCCGAUGUCCGAACACACCGUGGCGGAGAUUCGACGGUGCCUGGCGCAGGCAUCGUCCACGACCUUCAAGGCAGCCGAGCAGUGGCAACCACGUAAUGGCGAGGAGCCCGACAUUUGUAUCGCCCUCGCGCGCGCCUCCACGCAGUUUCAGCGGACGGAGACGCUGCGGUCUUCCACCGGCGAGCGCCUGCUGGUCAGCCUCGAGGUCAACUUCACUGUUUCACCCGUGCAGAUCAUGUUCCAAGCCCAUCAGCUAAAGUCGCUGAUGGAGUGGGCUGCGGAGCUGCAGGGCCCCGCGUGCCCGGCCACCAUCCCCGAGGCCAUCCUUGCGCCUCCGAGCGAGUCGUCAGCCGAGCCCCUUCCGCAGGUUUCCCUUCUGCGCCUGUGCUUUGUGCUGCGUACCACCCUCGCAGUGAAAGCCUCGUUCAGCGUCGAGGCAGAGCCCCGGUCCGAGAGCCGCAUCGAAGCCACCUCUGUGCUCUCGGUCUCCCUGUUCGAGCAGCAGCUUCGGGACUUGGUUCCUGGGCCCGAGCCUGGGCCCCUCGCGCGCUGCAUCAUCGAGGACCUCCUCGCCCCGUGCACCUUGAGGCUGUGCCCGGCCAAGACUGAGGGGGACAUCAGCUUGCCUGGGAAGCAGCUCAGCAUCGAGGCCGUUGCUCUGGACCUCGGUCGACGGGCGGAGCUGUGCACAAUGCUGCGGUCCCUGGAGGAGCUGCUGGCGGCGCUGCCACAGUCGCAGCCACCGCCGCCACAGCAGCCGGCACAAGAGCCGGGGCCCGGAGAGCUGGUGGAGGAGACCAUCAUUGUGCUGAACUCUGUCACUCUCAAGAUCCCCGGGCCAGAGGAGGAGGAGCUUGUGUGUAACGGUUCCAGACAUGCUCAGAUUGUUUCCAUUGCGAACAAGGCCGUGCCGGUCAUCUUGCGCGGCUCAGAUGAAGAGAUAGACGUGGAGGAGCAAUCCCAAACAGGGGAGGAGCCGGAAGUCGAGAAAAUGGAGGAGGGAGUCAGUCUAAAGGAGGAGGCCGAAGAGGCGAAGGAGGAGCAGCAUAAGGACGACGAUGGCCACGCCAUUGUGGAAUCGACGCUGGACCUGCGCCUUUGGAUGGCGCGGGCCUUUGACAAAGAGCCUACCAUGACAGCAUGGAGUCUUAAGCUUGCCUGGGUCUGGGCCGAGCCUUGCUUUGCGUUCUCGGCGGAGGAGUUUCUCAGCUCCAAGCCAGGCCCAAUCUGGUACUUUGAUGGUUCGGCUUCGAGAGGUAUAGAGGCAGCGGACCUCCGAGCCACCAGCGGCGGUGGAGACACGGAGGCGGAGCACGAGAGAGAUUAUGAUGAGGAUGAUGAGGAUGAUGAGGAUGAUGAGGAUGAUGAGGAUGAUGAGAAUGAGGAUGAUGAGGAUGAUGAUGAUGACGAUGAUGAUGAUAUUGACGAUUCUGUGGAUCCUUUGAGGGGCAGCUUCUCAGAAGCUCUGAAUUCACCCAACCCGAACAUCAACGCUAAGCGGUUAGAAUGUGAGGUCUCUAUCCAGGUCACCGGGCGCCUCUUUGGCGACCUUGAUGCGCUGUGGCCCAGUGCGGGCGAGGUGUCUCCAGGCAAGGUCGUGGAGAGCGCAACGACGGCGGCUCAAGCCAGCAAAGCUCCCAGAAUGCCAAAGCUGUACUGCAAAGCUCCAUGUCCCCUGUGCCGCAUGAGCUCCGAGAAGCGUGUCAAGAAGAAAAGAACGAAAACGCUGAGGAGUGAAGAGGGCAGCAAGCCUUUGACGGGUUCGCUGAUUGGUCGGAGUGACUCCUUGGAUGACUUCGAGGAGAUAGCUGACAUCCAAGAAGGCACACCCUGCGGGCACGAUGCCUUGAGUGAUGACGUUUCGUCCGAUUUCAACAUGGACGCCGAAGGACAUGUGGCUACUGUGCCCUCACCAUUUCCAAGUCGCUCUGAUUGUGGUGGGCCAUCAGCAACUGGCCAGAUGCAACAUUCUGACCCCUUUGGGCAUCAGAUCUUUGCUUCAGCAGAUGCCACACAGCCUCCCAAGGAUGUUGCAUCCGCCCCCCUGAUGGAAGCUGCGUUGCGCCUUUGUGCCCCCACAGACUGUGAACGUUGCCGAGACAGUGUUGACGGCUGCUGGAGUUCCGUCACGGAUGGUGCGCCGCAAGCUGGCCCAGAAGAGACCUGCCGCUUUGAAUCAGCGAAGGCACAUUGGGGCCAAGUGUUCCCGACCGGCAAACCAGAAUUGACUAUUCUUGACAUUCAGAGAAGCUGGCAGCAAGUGGCCGUUCGCGUGCUGAUGGUGCUGUUUUGCAUGCUCCCCGGCAUCGAGGUUUUUGUAGUCCCGUAUUUCGGCAAGCUGCACGUUAAGAACUAUCACUUGUGGCCUGAUCUGGGCAAGAAUGGCAUCCUAGUUCUUUUGGACCUGCUUUCUUGGUGUGUUAUUUGUGUGGAUUGGGUGUUCGAGCUUGUGUUCAUUCUGGAGCUGACGCUGAUGUUCAUCAACUACACUGAGACGGGUCCGCGGGUAAUCGCGGAGUAUUUUGAAUAUCGGCUGCUCAGCAAGAUGUUUACAGCGGGCGUUGCACUUCUAUGGGGCAUUCUGAGGGUGCACAAAGUUGAAGUGAAGGCACAUAUUUUUUUGCACAAGGCACACGCAGAAGGACGACUGCCUGGUAAGGCGAAAAAAAUACUACGCUGGCUUGAGGCGAUAUUUCCAGGUAUUUGGACGAUCAGCCCGCCUCCUGCCAGUUUCAGUCAAGUCGACAGAGGCACAUUUUCAACAUCAUGGCAUGAUAGGCUCAUCGCCUGGAGCUCCUCAGCAACAAUGCUUGCAGGUGCAAUCAUCUUGCGUUUCCGAUGGCAGCAACGUAUAGACCAACAGUCCUAUUCCAUAAACCUUGCGGAAUUUCGCGUAGAGUUCCCGGAGGAUGCCGGCGAAAACGAUCAAGCAUUGUGGCUCCGGCUCAUGUUUCAAGUUCCCAGUCUGGUAGUUGGUUUGGGUUGGCUGAGACUCUUGUCGGGCAUCUUCAUUUCGACCACGAGCAUGACAAGAAACUGGCAGCAAUUGCUGAUCUUCACAGCCUUAGUCAGAAGCUACGAUGUUAGCAGGUUGCCGUUUGAUGAGCGCGUGGAGCUGAAUAGGUUACUUUCGAAUGCCCCGGGUCGCGAGGAUGUUCAGCUAGAUUUGCGGAACAGCGUUGACUUGCAAACUUGGUGGGCGCUGCGGGACUACCUGGUGGUGGACUUUCAAGACGAAUCCGCCAUCAUGGAUGCGUGCGGAGUUAUUGUGGCUUGUUUUCUGGUGAUUUUAGUGUUUGCUGCCUUGGUUGAGUGGUUCCUUCACGGGAGCCCACUGUCGCUUGGGGCAGUCCUGCUGGCGGUGCCUUUUGUCGUCUUGGUGUUUGCAUGUUUUCAGAUGUUCGACGUGUGUAUCAAGGUCAACACUGUCCUGGAACGCCACAUGCUUGUUUUGGCUGAUGCAGAGCUGGAAGGACAAAAGUCUGCCGGCAGCGAUGCAGAGCGUCAGCACGCUUGUCGCAUGCUGCGCUCCAUGCAGCGACGGCUGAGCGUGCAUGACGAGAGGCAGACCCUCCUCGGGCUGACAGUCACCUCAAACCUGCGCAACGGAUGGAUUGUGUCGCUGUUGGUGGCAGCUUUCAGCUCAGCCAGCCAGCUCUUGCAGCCGGCGCUGAGCCAACUGGAUGUGGAGAAGCUGCGCAAUGUUACAGCUGCCGAGCUGCUGGAUUUUCUGCAGUAA